AUGAACCAUUCAUCCAUGAAAAGCCUGCUGUUCCUCACGUCUACCUUGUGCCUUUGCUCCAGCCACUCCUUAGUUCCCCGUCUGCGUUUCUCUGUAUUCCUGGAUCCCAAGCAUCAGACUUUCCUCCGAUGGGACUAUGAUGAUGAACUUUCCAUUAUGAGUUUUGAGUUUCAAGCCCAGUCAACCGGAUGGGUGGCUUUUGGCUUCACCGUUAAUAAGGAGAUUUCUGGAGCAGAUUUCGUGAUUGGUGGUGUUCUUCCUGAUGGCAACAUCUAUUUCUCAGACUGGCAUGGCGUGAACGAGGAUACCAUCUUGGAAGAUGAGAGUCAAGAUUAUGAGCUGCUGUCCUUGACCCAGAAUGCCACUUCCACCACCAUGGCAUUCAGGCGACCAUUCCGGACAUGUGAUGAGCAUGACCUGGACAUCACGGGUGACACACAACGCCUCAUGGCUGCCUUUGGCACAAAUGACACGGUUGACUUCUUCAAAGGAAAAAUAGCCCACAAAUCUCUCUUCUUGAUGCUGGUGGCAACUGAAGAGGAAAUGAACAAUCCCAAGGUCUAUUAUACCUACGAUUUGACACUAAAUGAUUUUCCUGUCCCACUGGAUGACACCACCUAUGCCUGUACCUUUCUCCCACUACCCAUGGUCAAGACAAAACAUCAUAUCUAUAAGUUUGAGGCCAUAAUCACACCCCAAAAUGAAACACUAGUGCACCACAUCCUGGUAUAUGCCUGUGGCAAUGGAAGCGUGCUGCCAAGUGGAGUCAGUGACUGCUAUGGAGCUGAUCCGGAUUUUGCUCUGUGCUCUUAUAUAAUUGCCGGCUGGGCUGUAGGAGGAGGGCCUUGCAUUUUCCCAGAAGAAACUGGCGUCUCCAUAGGGACACCAAUUGAUCCCCAGUGGGUCCGGCUAGAAAUUCAUUACAGCAAUUUUAAUUUAAUUCCAGGCUUAAUUGAUAGCUCAGGCCUGCGACUCUUCUAUACCCCGGAGCUGCGUCCAUACGACAUGGGGGUGCUACACACAGGAAUUUACACCUUUCCUGUUCAUUUCAUUCCCCCUCGAGCAGAUUCUUUCUUGUCUUAUGGCCUCUGCAAUACCAGUCGGUUUGACGAGAUCAACGGGAGUCCGGUGCAAGAUAUGCACAUCCACGGUUAUUUACUGCAUACCCACCUGGCCGGGAGGGGACUGAGAGGCAUCCAGUACCGGAAUGGAAAACAGUUGAGGAUCCUCUGUGAAGACAAUAAAUAUGAUUUCAAUCUUCAGGAGACAAGAGAGUUGAAGGAGCAUCUUAUUCUCAAACCAGGAGAUGAAUUUGUGGUGGAAUGCCGCUAUCAAAGUACAGAUCGGUCAGAGAUGACCUUUGGAGGCCCAAGUACCCUGAAUGAAAUGUGCCUGUUAUUCCUGUUCUACUAUCCUCGCCACAACAUCUCCAACUGCCUAGGACUCCCCGACAUUCAAUAUGUCGCCAAUCAGCUUGGCCAGGAGGCAAAUGAGUGAGUGUUCUUGGCUGGGCCCAAGGAGCAAAGUUGCUUGGAAUGGAACAAUGAGACUAUCAGGAAAGCAGAGAAAGCAUGCAGGGACGCACCUCAGAUUGUGACCAUAAGAACCAUUGAUGAGGUGUUAACAAACGAAACCGGUUUCAUUCGUGAUAUUGCAGCUUCCAAACCAACACCCUGCGAGAGGAGUCCAAGAGACAUGGCUGCAGUGCCUCAACCAGAAGGGCAAGACAA